CAUGGAAAGGUUCUUGUUAGAUGGAUUUCCCAGCUGUGGACGAGAUCCCAGCGUAGGAGCAGAGGUGAGGCCGGCGAAAUGGCUCUGAAAACAGCUGGGCUGCCUCAGCUUCAGGACGAGAGGAAGAGUCCGGCACCAAGCCCCGGGGAAAGGUCGGGGCUAAGACAGGACAGUUCUCUCUGGGUGAGGAUGAUGUCGUGGUUUGUUGGGGUGGCCCUCCUUGGACUCUUGCAAGGGUUGGAGGCAGAAACGUUCACAUCCAUGCUGAGCAUCCACCAAGCAUUGGCGACUGAGAGAGAACUCCUGCAGUAUUUGCACACGUACCUCGAAGAAGAGACCAGCAGGCUUAAAGACCUCCAAAGGUUCUACACAAAGAUACAGACCUUGCAUCAAGGAGUGGGAAGCACCGUGGUUAACCCUUUAUUGGCCUACACCCUGAUCAAGAGAUUGCAGUCUGACUGGCUGAAUGUGGUCUACAGCAUGGAGGCCAGCGAGAAUAGUCAAGCUCUCAAAGAUGGCUACCAGAGGCUGGAAAACAGCCUGCCUGCCUUUGAGGACCUGGAGGGGGCAGCCCGUGCGGUGAUGCGGCUGCAGGACGUCUACUCCCUCAGCGUUAAGGGGCUGGCCCAAGGCAAGUUCCAGAGGGUCAGCAACGCUCCCAUCCCAGACCUGUACAGCUCCGGGCAGGAUUUCUCCCUCUCUGCCGAUGACUGCUUCCACAUAGGCAAGGUUGCUUACGACAUGGAGGAUCAUUACCACUCCAUUGCAUGGCUGGAGGAAGCCGUCAACCUCUUCCGGGUCUCCUAUGGGAACUGGAACACGGAGGAUGAGGGGAGCUUGGAAGAUGCUCUUGACCACCUGGCCUUUUCUUACUUUAAGGCAGGAAACAUUUCUCAUGCCUUAAGCCUUUCUCAAGAAUUCCUCCACUAUGAUCCCAGCAACAAGCGGAUCGCCAGAAACGUCCUGAAGUACGAGAAACUUCUGAUGGAGUCCUCUGAGAGCGGCAAGGAAGCUCCGGCUCUGCAAAGGCCGAACGUGACACACCUAAAGACUAGAGAUAUUUAUGAGCAGUUGUGCCAGACCUUGGGAUCUCAGCCCACUCAGUACCAGGAGGCUGGCCUCUACUGCUCCUACGAAGCAAAUGGGGACCCUCGACUGAUCCUCCAGCCGCUGCAGAGGGAAAUCGUCCACCUGCGACCCUACAUAGCCCUCUACCACGACUUUGUCAGCGAUUCAGAAGCCAAGAAAAUCAAGGCGUUGGCUGCUCCUUGGUUACAAAGGUCAGCAGUUGCCUCGGGAGAAAGACAGCAGAAAGCAGAAUACCGGAUAAGCAAAAGUGCCUGGUUGAAAGAAACUGUGGAUCCACUUCUUGUCUCACUAGAUUGGCGGAUCGCAGCCCUGACUGGAUUGAACAUCCGGCACCCAUAUGCAGAAUAUCUGCAGGUUGUGAACUACGGUCUAGGGGGUCACUAUGAACCCCAUUUCGACCAUGCGACUUCAAGAAAAAGUCCCCUUUACCGAUUGAAAUCAGGAAACCGAAUAGCCACAGUGAUGGUUUAUUUGAGUUCCGUAGAAGCUGGAGGGUCCACAGCUUUCAUCUAUGCAAAUUUCAGCAUACCUGUGGUCAAGAAUGCGGCUCUUUUUUGGUGGAACCUUCACAGGAACGGAGAGGGGAACGGAGACACCCUCCAUGCUGGUUGCCCGGUGCUUGCUGGAGAUAAAUGGGUGGCAAACAAAUGGAUCCACGAAUAUGGACAAGAGUUCCGGAGACCGUGCAGCACCAACCCAGAAGAUUAGCGAACGCAAACGUUCUGCUAGGUUUGGGAGACAGUCCAGAGCAAAAGGAUGUGGUGGAUCACAGCGGGAGAGGAAGAGUAGCUGAAACUUGCUCCUUCCCAUGCUGACGCAGCUGGGCCGUUGAGCCAUUGCCAAAAUGUGUCUUGGCAAGAUUCUGCUGUCAUUUAUUUGGUCUGAAGACUACCAGGUGAGGAAAAGGAGAACGCAACAAUCCGCAGAGAAGGAGAGAAAGGAGCAACUGGGUGUACUUGGCUGAUGCCAAUCUGUGAUGUUUCCCUGAACUAUUGGCUGAGUUGCUAUGAAGUUACAGAAUUGUCACAAGCUUUUUAACUAUUGAUAGGAGUGUGGAAAUGAGCAACAGAUGCAAUGACAAAGUUUGGUGAAGUAAUUAAGAACGGCAGGACUCUAAUCUGGAGAGCCAGGUUUGAUUCCCCACUCCUCCGUUUCAAGCCAGCUGGGUGACCUUGGGUCAGUUACACCUCUUUCAGAGCUCUCUCAGUCCCACCCACCUCACAGGGUGAUUGUUGUGUGGAUAAUAAUAGACUUUGUAAACUGCUCUGAGUGGGCAUUAAGUUAUCUUGAAAGGUGGUAUAUAAAUCAAAUGUUAUGAUGUUAUUAAAGUGUGAGUUCUGUUUGGCUGGAGAGGAAAGCAUCGUUUUGGAGCCUAAGGAGGGGAGAGGCAGAAUGCUGCAGAGUGGAUGGGAGGCGGGGAGAGGAGGAAAAAGGGGAAGCGAGGAGGCAGGAGGGACUCACUGAAUGUCAGGAAGGAUCACAGGUUGGAGGAGGAUUGGGAGGUAGAAGGAAAUGUGGCACCUCAGACGGGGAAGGCAGAGAACAGCGAGAGAGUGGAUGAGGGCCCAAUUUCACAUUGAUCCAAAAUAAUAUUGGCCGCAUGUUGCAACUAAAGGCAAUAGUUUUGGAGAGUCUUGCAUCAGGAGAAAAGAGCAAGACUCCCGUAGCACCUAUAAGAUUAACGGA